UACGGGGCACGCAUAAUGUGUAAAACGAAAUGUGAAAAUUUUGAAAAGCGUUCACUUUGCAUGCAAUUCUGUGAUGCACCGUCUCGAUAUCUAACGAUGGAAGAGAUCACGGAAGGUAUUGAAAACAUUGAUCUAAUAUUGAAUGAUGAAGGGCAGCCGGUAGAGGUCAAUGAUGCUCAUGCAAGUGGGUCGAACGCGAUGGAUGAAGUGUCGGCGCACAACUUCUCUAACGAAUUGGAAGACGAUGGGGACGGUGAUGCCGACACUUUGAGUGCCGAUGGCAGCUCGUUGGAUGCUAAUACUGCUGAAAAUGCCGCCAAUACCGCCACAACCACAACAACCUUCUACACGGGGCAUUUGUCAGUGUCAUCGUCAGCAUCCGUUAUGUCGACGUCAUUGCACAUCGCGCAAACGAAAUUUAAACAAAGCGAAGACGGCAGCGUAAACGUGAUGGCACGUCGACCUAGUUUCGAUGCAAUGCUGCAACAACAACCACCACUCUCCACUGCACAGCAAGCACACAACUCAUCAUCACAAAACUAUGCAUCACAAACACAGAUGCAGCUAGUCGGCGGCAGUCCGGCACGCCGCAAUCCACUCAACUUUAGCGGCAUGCAACACAGCAGCCCCAACAUGCUGGAACGUCGUAGCUCUGGUGGUUACAGCGCCGUCGCACAACGCUCUUCGAUGACCACGCCAGAUAGCGGCAUCAGCCAAACGCAGUCCUCACAAUCGUGCACACCGGGUCCGUACAGUCCGCAUAGAAUGCUUUCCACACCGUUACCAGCCAAAACGUACUGCGACAAGUCGGUGAACUCGUCACCCAAGCGCAUGAUCUCCGCGCUCACUUCGCCCAUUGAACCCUUUGCGGCGAAUGUAGGACGCGAGCAUGCGCUGAAGCACGAAAUCGAACUGCUGCAGGAGAAACUAAAGGACACCGAAGAGCGUUUGCAAUCGCUGCGCAUACAGCACGAUUCACUGUCGCAGCUGCAUCGCGAUCUGCGCGAAAGUAACACGAAACUGCAAGAGGAGUCCGAAAUGCUGAAGUUGGAUGUGCAACAUCUGAAUGAAUGUGCCAAUAUACUGCGUACCGAGCUGCAAACGGCGCGCGCCGAUCGCGAUGAGGCGUUGACCUUGCAGAAAACGCUGCAGGGCGAGUUGGAGGAGAGUCGACAGGAGCGGAAGCGUACGCAAGACCAAAAAGAUAAAGAUGCCAAAACCAUACAAGAUCUGCAACGACAGUGCCGUGAAAUGGAACGUAUACUCAUGCGCAAGCAUCCGGACUCGGUGUCGGCGCUAAUAGUCGCCUCCAAAAACUCUGGUAAGUGUUCAAGUAAUGACCAGGAGAAUGUCAACAGCCGUAAACUCUUGGAGCAGCGCAUAGCGCAAUUGGAGUCAGAUGCAAAGGAGCAAGACUUGAAAGCACAGCAAAUACUCGCAAAUGUGCAGGCGCGCUUCAACUCAGUGCAGUCCAAAUAUGAGACGCACAUAGCUGAUCUGGAAACUCAAGUUUUAAGCCUCCAAGAGAUCAAUACGAAGCUAAAUGAGAAGAUCGAAUCGCAGGUGCGCACACUGGACUACUUUGUUUCCAAGAAGGCUGAGAAUUUCUACAACAACUGCACGCAAACGGACGCCAAUGUUGUGGCGUACGAGCAUGAGGCAGGCUGCAGCGGCGAUGUAACCAAGCGCGCCAGUCUAAAUACUGGCGCCACCACCACCAACAAUGCCAAUGCCAAUGUCAAUAACAAUAACAGCACCACUACCGGCACACAAACGGUGCAAACGAAGAAUACACGCGAUCACAGCACCAACACCAUUGGCACCUCUAGCGCCGUACAUUCGGCAAGUUCAAGCACCAGCAGCACCGCCAACUCAACGCCCAACACCUCACGGCCAAACUCGAAGCAGAGCGGCAUACGCAAACCGUUCGCCACCGCAAUGGGCACACUCAGCUCAGCCUUAGCAUCGAAACUGCCUGUCUCACAUUCGGAUUUGACAAUAUCCGCACAUCACGCACACGCCGCAGCCAAAGAGGAUGCCCACUUGUUGGCCACCAUACGCGGCAUGCGCGUCGAUUUGGCGAUCAAGGACAAGGCCAUGCAACGGCUGACGCGCGAAUUGGAAGAGUGCAAGAAAACAAUAAAGAAGUUACAACGCGAAAAAGACGCACAAAAAUCCGACAAGUCGCAGUGGAACAGCUAUACGUGCUUGAAUAUCUCACGGCGUAGCCACGAGGCACUGCAUCACGACCAAAUGCCCGCUACCACGGAGAGUCAAACGCUGCGUGAAGCGCAAAACAAACUCAAACUGCUGGAAUCGGAUUAUAAAAUACUACAUGACAAGCGUUUGAACGACCUGAAGACGCUGCAAAGUGCGCAUGAACGUGAGUUGGCCUCGUGUCAUGAAACGGUGCGCGUACUACAACAACGGCUCAACGAACGCGACGAAGCGUUCGCCACACAAAAACGCCGCAAAUUGCCAGUUGACUACUAUGCGCUGAAAGCCAAGGUGAGUAGUGGCACGAGCAAUGCUAGUAGCAUGCUGGAUAACAGCGACACUAGCAAACGCACCGAGUUGCAAACGGAAUGUAAAGCAGCGUUGGAAAGCUGCCACAGUAGCAAUGUUAGCCCCUUAACAGUAAAAAAGAAAAAGAAGUCUAGCAAAAAACACGCGCGCCACUCUAUGUACGAGCACAAGAAAAACGCAAACAAAUAGAAAAAUGAAGCAAAAAAAAAUAUAUAUAUAUAAAAUAAAUCAUAUGAAAUGCAAAACUUUUACAAGAGUCAUAAUGAAAAUCAGUAAACUCAAGCGUGUAAUAUGCUACAACGUUUCGUCAUUGGAGCGUCGCCAUUCGGAGCGUGAGGAACGCCUGCGCAUGCUCGUGGAUGCGCUGAGCAAAGGACGUCUAACAGGCGCAAUUGAGGACUUGCUCGGCGACAACAACAACCAGCGCAGUACCUAAAAGUGCG